GAAAACAUGUCACAUGUAAAAUCAAAGAAUUCCCCAUUGUAUUGUUACUUACCUUGCACCAUCCGAACUCUUUAAGGAGCGGCUGCAUUGUGCGUAACACUACUCGUAAUUUAUAACGCUCAAUGUAUUUAUCUGGCCCGUGAUUUGCCGUUUAAUAUCGCAAUCGCAAUAGUUUAUCAGAAUAGUUCGUUGCUGGCCUAGGACAAGUGCACUACACAGAAAUGAGGGGCAAAUCUAUCACAGUCAACAGGUACGUAAAUAGUUAGAGAAUUAAAAUUCCUCGCAUAAAGUCCAUUUCACGCUACUUAACUUACAAUGAAUGAGCUUCGUAAUUAGUAAGAGACGGUUUCCUUGGUGUUGCAGACCUGACGCAAGAGUAUUUGCCGUAUAUAAUAGAAAAUAAAGAAAACAUUGAGAAUCUUCAGAUUCUUGACGCAAAAGAGAUACCUGGAUGCCGAGAUGGUGACAAUUUUAUGUCAGUUGUCAUUAGAACACAACUCAAAGGGAUCUUCAAAAACGGAAAUCCUUUUGAGAAAUCGGUGAUAACAAAAAUAUAUCCCAGUGGCAGUGAUAAAUUUGUCACAUUAGUCAGAAUGAGAGAUCUCUUUUGUAAUGAAGCACACUCAUAUGAAAAUAUUCUGCCUGCAAUUGGAGCCCAAUCAUUAGCGCCGGAAUGUUUUUUUGCCAAUUCAGAGAAAAUUAUUUUAGAAGAUUUAUCUCUUGAUAAUUUUUCCAUUUGUGAUAGACAACAUUUAUUAAAUUACGAUCACUGUCGGCACGUACUACAGGCCCUAGCUCAAAUUCACGCCGGUUCAUUGAAACUGAAACUCAACAAUCCCGAGUACUUCAGAAAUUUAAUAAAACCAAUAACAGAAGUGGUAUUCGCUGAAAAAUCAAAUAUCCAAACAAAAUUAUCCCUCGAGAGAAGUUUAAAUCACGCAAUUCAAAGUUUAGAAACAAUUCAACCGCCAACGGCGAACAGUGAAAAGUGUCUCAAGUUCCUAAAGAAAUAUCCAAAUAAAGUUUAUGAAAUUGUCAAGGCCUCAACAAUAGCCCACGGUUCAUAUGACGUUCUAAUUCAUGGCGAUGUUUGGAAGAAUAAUAUCUUCUUCUCGAAAAAUAAUCCAAACGAUAAUAAUAUGAGAGUGAAAUUUGUCGAUUUUCAAGCAAUGAGACACGCCUCAUUGGCAUUGGAUUUACACUAUUUUUUAUAUACGAGCGUUGAAUUAAAUGUUUUCGAUAAUCAUUACAAUGAUAUUAUGCAAAUUUAUCAUCGUGAAUUACUCAAUGAACUUAAAUCGUCAAUAACAAUGGAGCAUUACGAGGCGCUUAAUUACAAUUGGUUUGCGCGUGAAAUUGAAAAACAUGCGGCAUACGGUCUAUUUUUUGCCCUAAGUUUAGUGCACGUCAUAUUGGCCGAUGAUGGAACAAUAAAAAUUAGUGUCUCCGAAAAUGGUCAAGAACUGAAUACAAAAGUACCUUUUUCAACGCAAAAAACGAAAAGAAUAGAAAGAAUUGUCACGCAUUUUAUUAACACCUUUGGUGAUAUUGAUUAGUAGCAAACAUCAACAAUUUUUUUUUUUUUUUAAUGAAAAAUGGCUA